UUCUUUGAGAAGCAAAUCCGCUGGUUGUGAAGGAAGCUUUCAGAGACAAUUAUAUUCAUUUAACCCAAUCAUUUAAUUUCAAGUAGAGCAAAACAAUCUGUCAAAAUGAUGGCAGCACUGCAGUUAAAAGAAGGCGAGGCAACAGCGACGGUGUACUCAAUGAUUAAAGAUCAAAGAUACAAUGAAGCAGUCCAAAUUCUUAAUGACCAACUCCAAAGAAAUGCAAGGUCCAGGGCAGCUCUGUCAUUGCUGGGUUACUGUUACUACCAGCAACAGGACUUUGUGAAUGCAUCAGACUGCUAUGAACAACUGACUAUCAAUUACCCUGAGGUAGAAGAGUACAAACUGUACUAUGCACAGUCCUUGUACAAAGCUUGCCUGUAUGCAGAAAGUAUGAAGGUGGCUUGUCAGAUAGAUAAGCCAGAAUAUCAGGGUAAUAUAGUCAAAAUGCAAGCUGCCAUCAAAUAUGGUGAGGAAGACUUUCAGGGUGCUAAGAGCCUUGUAGAACAAUGUCCUGCCGAUGACCCAGAUACUGAGAUCAACCUCGGAUGUCUCUUGUUCAAGGAGAAUCGUUAUGACGAAGCAUGUCAGAAGUUCAUGACAGCCAUGCAGGUUGUGGGUUACAAGGCUGACUUGUCGUACAACAUAGCCUUGUGUCAUUAUAUGAUGAAACAGUAUGCACCAGCCCUCAAACAUAUAGCUGAUAUCAUUGAGAAGGGGAUCAGAGAGCAUCCAGAAUUGAGUGUUGGGAUGACAACAGAAGGGAUAGAUGUCCGCAGUGUGGGCAACACUCUAACUCUUCAUGAGACUGCACUCAUUGAAGCAUUUAACUUGAAGGCAGCCAUUGAAUACCAACUGAAAAAUUAUGAAGCGGCCUGUGAAGCUCUGACAGACAUGCCUCCUCGCUCUGAAGAAGAACUGGACGCUGCCACCCUUCACAACCAGGCACUCAUGAAUAUGGAGACCAGUCCAACACAGGGAUUUGAAAAAUUCCAAUUUUUACUCCAGCAAAAUCCCUUCCCACCGGAAACAUUUGGGAAUCUUCUGUUGCUGUAUAUUAAAUAUGAGUACUAUGACCUGGCAGCAGAUGUCCUGGCAGAAAACAUGCAUCUAACAGACAAGUACCUCACACCUUACCUGUAUCAUUUCCUUGAAGCUGUGAUAACCAGGCAGACAUCUCCAGAGGAGGCUUACAGGAGACUGGAUGAGAUGGCCAGCCAGCAGACUGAAAUACUGCGAAAAUUGACAAAGCAGGUUCAAGAGGCACGCCAGAGUCAUGAUGAUGAGGCUGUGAAGAAGUCUGUCAAUGACUAUGAUGAGGCUUUGGAAAGAUACAUUCCUAUCCUGAUGCAACAGGCAAAGAUAUACUGGGACAUGGAAAACUACCAACAAGUGGAAAAAGUUUUCAGGAAAUCUGUGGAAUUUUGCAAUGAAAAUGAUGUUUGGAAACUCAAUGUGGCACAUGUCCUGUUCAUGCAAGAAAAUAAGUUCAAAGAAGCUACAGGAUUUUAUGAGCCUAUAGUAAAGAAAAAUUAUGAAAAUAUAUUAAGUGUCAGUGCAAUAGUCCUGGCAAACCUCUGUGUUUCAUACAUUAUGACCAGUCAGAAUGAAGAGGCUGAGGAGUUAAUGAGAAAGAUAGAGAAAGAAGAGGAGCAGGUUGCGUAUGAUGACCCAGAUAAGAAGAUUUACCAUCUCUGUAUUGUCAACUUAGUCAUAGGAACCCUGUACUGUGCCAAAGGAAACUAUGAGUUUGGAAUCUCUCGUGUGAUAAAGAGUCUGGAGCCAUACAACAAGAAACUGGGAACAGACACCUGGUUUUAUGCCAAGAGGUGUUUCCUCUCCAUGAUUGAGAACAUGGCCAAGCACAUGAUCAUGAUCAGGGAUGGUGUGAUACAGGAGUGCAUUCAAUUCUUGGAGCACUGUGAAGUUUAUGGGCGUGACGUGAAAACCAUUGUUGAGCAACCUCUGGAAGAAGGCAACCUUCACCCAGGCAAAACCACAGCAACUUAUGAGGCGAGGCUAUUAAAAGAUUUACUCCUUGACCUCAUAGAAUAAACAGAAGGACUAUGAUGUAGAAGUAAAAAAAAAAAUGCACACAUUUUGUCAAUUAUGUGCUAUCAAUUUGAAAUGCUUUGAAGACUUUUUUGAAUUUAUCAGUUAUCUAAUGAAUAUCUGUAUCUUUACAACAGGAUAAUGAAAAUAUAUUUAUCUUUAAAAAGGAACUCAAAACAGCAUACAAAACAGCAUACAAAACUGCACUCAAGAAUGAAUGUGCUCAAUUUUUUUGUUUACAGCAAGUUUCUAUUCUGUUGUACUGAAACAUCUGGUAACUAAGUUAAAAUAAUUUUGUCUACAAUUAUGUAAAUAAAUUUUUCUCUUAUAAUAUGUUCUUUAAAAUAAAAAAAGUGAA